AUGGCUACGAACCGUGAUGGCUACGCCAGCCAGGGCAGUGCUGGUGCCGCUGCGGCUACGGCGGCUGAUGAUGGCUAUGCUUCACCGACGGAGGCUCCUCCAGCUCUCUAUGUUCGAGCCUUGUACAAGUACACGUCGGACGACCAUACCAGCCUUAGCUUCGAGCAAGGCGAUAUCAUUCAGGUCUUGAACCAGCUGGAGACGGGCUGGUGGGAUGGCGUUAUUGGAGAUGUUCGUGGCUGGUUCCCAAGCAACUAUUGCGCUGUCGUUCCUGGACCAGAUGCUGUCAACGAUCAUGCUGGUGACGCGAGUGCCGAGUCUGGCGCGGAUGACGAAUAUGAAGAUGAUGUCGACGGUCUUGAUAGCAACCUGCGAGAUGAAGAUGGCACCAUCCUACCCAUAGAUAGCACGGGAGACGGCGAGCCAGAGGAGGCCGCCUUCUGGAUCCCUCAGGCUACCGCAGACGGACGCUUGUUCUACUACAACACCUUGACCGGCUACAGCACGAUGGAAUUACCUCUAGAAACGCCCACUUCUGUCAACGAAUCAGGUCCUCGUGACCGCACAAACAUCUACGUGCCCGAACACACGCGGCCUCCUCCAGAAAUGAUGGCCCGUGGUAUUGAUCGCUAUGAAGAUGACUAUGAUGGCUCUGCUUCAGAGGCUGAAGGUGACUCCCUCUUAAUGGCAUCGCGGCGGCGACUAUCGUUCAUAUCUGAUGGCGUCUCUCCUGCAACAUCCUUAGGUUCCAUCAAUCCAUCGCCCAUCACAAAACAGUAUGACCUCAAAUCAACGUAUCCGCCACAUUUUGGAGGAGCUGGAAAUGGUAACACGGAUUCCAUGCCCAUCAUGGGUACUCCAAUGUCUUCGCAUUCGGCUACCGAUCGAUCUCUUCCCUUCGGUAUUUCUACCACUAUUCCUCGAUAUUUCCUUGAUGAUUCCAUGGCCCCUCAGCCAACUUGGAAUUCGCUUGUCAGUAACAUGCGAGACGCAAUCGAGGCUUAUCGACAGGCUAUCAUUGAAGGCCGGCGUUCAGAAUACGUCCGAAGGGCAGAGGAUGUAUCCGACCAUCUACGGAUGCUUCUGGCUGCCGGCUCGGACACUACCGAUAACCACUCGGGAAAUCCAUCAAUUAUCUCCACCAACAAGGCGCUCUACCCUCAUUUCCGAGAUAUGAUGUCGAAAUUUUCUAAACUCGUCCUCUCUUCACAUAUUGCCGCGGCAGACUGGCCGGGACCAGACUCCGCGACCAAAUGUCUCCAUGAAGCUGAGGGCGUACUACAAGGUGUUUACGGUUACGUUGAAGUUGCCAAGCAGCAACGAGGAGACGAUAUCCGUCGCCUAACGCCUGGAUUUGUUGCUGGCAGCACGUCUGGCGGUAACUGGCAGAAUAACAACCUUGCAAGAAGGGACCCAACCUCCUUCUUGGAGCACGAGUCUGAAUCACACCGCAGCCCGUCUAUCUCGCUUGACUCGAAGCUUCUAGAGCGAAUCGAAGAGCUUCGCAAGAUGCUAGCUGUCAGCGCUCGCCGGCUAGAAGAGCAACUUUCUUCUUUCAAGGGUAAAAUAGUCACGCCAAAAAGCCAUGCCGAGAUUGGAGACGCGAUAUGUGAAGCUGGCGUGCCGAUAGUUGAAAAUUUUCGCCCGUGGGUGGCGUUGAUUGAGUCCAUCGACCUGUCACACUUUGGCUCAGACCUUCAGAAUCCGCAAUUGGCUGACUUCAGCGUCCAGAAACAGCGCGUAUACGAUGGAAUCUCGGACCUAGUGAUGAGCUGUCAGCACAUCUCUGCACCCCUGGGUGACGAAUGGGCAGAAAUCAGAGGCGAUUCGCUCGAAACUCGUCUGAACAAUACCCGCCUUAUGUCAAGGCAGCUUACAAAUUGUAUGCAGCAGAUCGGGUUCUCGUUGACCCUACUAUUGGAGCAAGCUCCACAGGGAAGUCAAUUGUGCUCAAUAUCAAACGGAGACGGAUACAAACCUCACAAGGUACGCAAGAGUCCACCAUCCUCUAUUGGAAUACCAUCCAGCUAUGGCGUUGGUGAUGAUUUGGAUAAGCCACCGCGAUCCUUGGAUAAAGCGCAACGAUUUUUUGGCCAACCAGUGCCAAGAGAGCCUGCCUCUGCUCGGGAGCCCGAAGAAACACCUUGGUUCUUGAAACUUGACCAUGAGGCGGAAGUGUUUUAUGAUGUCAAAGGUGAUACCCAGCAGCUCAAGUGCGGUACGCUAGCCGGGCUGGUCGAACAACUUACCCGCCAUGAUAAGCUUGAUCCAUCAUUCAAGGAUACUUUCCUUCUCACCUAUAGGUCGUUCACGACUGCUUCGGAGCUAUUUGAGAUGGUAGUACACCGUUUUACGCUACAGCCUCCAUACGGCCUGACCAAGGCGGAGUUACAGAUUUGGACUGAGCAGAAACAAAUCCCCAUUCGGAUCCGUGUUGUGAACAUCCUUAAGAGUUGGUUUGAGAAUUUCUGGAUGGAGCCCAAUGACGAGGCAAACACACGCUUGCUUGGUCGUAUACACUCUUUCGUCACUGAAGCGGUGGCAUCGACUAAGACUCCUGGUGCCCAACAGUUAGUCAGCUUGAUAGAGCAACGCCUACGUGGGGAGGAGACUACAGCGAAACGUCUUGUGCCUACCAUCAGCUCUAAUGCACCGACGCCGAUUACACCAAAGAAUAUGAAGAAAAUCAAGUUCCUAGACAUUGACCCUACGGAAUUUGCACGGCAGCUGACGAUCAUUGAAUCUCGUCUGUAUGCUAAGAUCAAGCCGACGGAAUGUCUGAACAAGACAUGGCAGAAAAAAGCAUUACCCGGCGAGGCCGAGCCAGCGCCUAACGUCAAGGCGCUAAUUCUACAUUCUAACCAGCUCACUAACUGGGUGGCAGAGAUGAUCUUAACCCAGUCAGAUGUCAGGAGACGAGUUGUUGUUAUUAAACACUUUGUCUCUGUUGCUGAUAAAUGCCGACAACUAAACAACUACUCUACCUUGACAUCCAUCAUCUCUGCACUUGGAACAGCGCCAAUCCAUCGACUGGCCCGUACCUGGGCGCAAGUCAGCCAGAAGACGGCCGGAACUCUCGAGAUGAUCCGUAAAGUCAUGGCUAGCACUAAGAAUUUUGGCGAGUACCGCGAGACUCUCCAUCUGGCGAAUCCUCCGUGCAUUCCUUUCUUCGGCGUCUACCUAACGGAUCUCACCUUUAUCGAGGAUGGUAUACCAUCCCUUACACAGUCUGACCUGAUCAACUUCAACAAGCGGACCAAGACCGCGGAAGUCAUCCGUGACAUCCAACAGUACCAGAAUGCGCCUUACCAGUUAAUACCUGUGCCUGAGCUGCAGGAGUAUGUGCUCAACAACAUGCAGGCGGCUGGCGAUGUGCACGACAUGUACGAGCGCAGCCUUGAAAUUGAGCCCCGAGAAAGGGAAGAUGAGAAAAUUGCAAGCAAAGAAAAGAAAAAUCUCUCGGGUCUCGGGGAGCUGAGACGAUGGGCCGCUGGUCCAACCACCGCUCAUCUCAGCUCUAAGCUCCCCCCUCCCUUCCGCUCUGGACCAUCCUCCCUUGCCAGCUCUUACGACGCCCCGCAGCUUCGGGAGGAGCCAUUUUGUCGACCGCUUGCGAUGCUUAUGCGCUGCUGCGCGAAUGCGGGUAUCUCGGUACCUAUGGCAUGCAUGAACCUGCAGGCCAUUACCAAGAUAAACCCCGUUCCACUCGCUUCGUCUCGCCUAGCUAUGUUCCAUCGCUGCAUCUCAAUCGCCGACUAUUCCGUCAUUGCCUACCAACAUGGCAUGUGGCCUUUGAUGGUAACGUGA